AUGUCUCUGAUGUCAAAAUUACGCUGCAUCACGGUGGAUGUCACCGGUACGCUCUUAGCUUACAAAGGCGAGCUUGGUGACUACUAUUGCAUGGCAGCAAAAGCUGUUGGCAAGCCAUGCCCUGACUACAAUCGUGUGCAUGAGGGCUUCAAAAUUGCAUAUGCAGAAAUGGCCAAAAAGUAUCCAUGCUUUGGACAUGCAGCAAAAAUGCCUAAUAUUGUCUGGUGGAAAACAUGUGUGAGAAAUUCUUUCAUCAAGGCCGGAUAUGAUUAUGAUGAAGAGACAUUUGAGAAGAUCUUUAAGCGUAUAUAUGCAGCCUUUGGUUCAUCCAUGCCUUAUAGAGUCUUUCCAGACUCCCAACCUUUCCUUAGAUGGGCGCGUGGAGAAGGUCUUCUAGUUGGGAUUGUUAGUAAUGCCGAAUACCGUUAUAAGGAUGUGAUUCUUCCAGCCUUGGGUUUGGAGCAGGAAUAUCAUUUUGGAAAUCAGGGAUCUGAGUGGGACUUUGGUGUAUUCUCCGGUCUAGAAGGCGUUGAGAAACCAGACCCAAGGAUUUAUAAGAUUGCCCUUGAGAGGGCUGGAAAUAUUGCUCCAGAAGUAGCUCUACACAUUGGAGAUAGCAUGCGCAAAGACUACUUGCCAGCAAAGAGCGUGGGGAUGCAUGCAUUGCUGCUGGAUAGGUUUAAGAUACCAGAUGCCAGGGAAUGGGAAAAAUCUGGUGCUAUUGUGCUUCCUGACUUGGUGGCAGUACAGGAAUUUCUUACUUCUGGGAAGAAGUCAACCUGCUGA